AUGACAGUGACAGUCCAAGACUUCCACGUUAUUAUUAUCGGAGCCGGUGCAACCGGCCUCCUCCUCGCUCAGGGUCUAAAAAAGCACGAUGAGGAGACCUACGAGCAGCGCGCAGGACAAUGGACCAUGGCUCUGCACUCGUCCCUCCCAUACCUCGAAUCAACCCUCCCGCCGGCCCUCCAUGCCAAGCUGAACACAGCAACGACGAAUCCCUGGUCCGAGCCUGACCCUGGCAUUGCUGCCGCUAUCCCGUUUGUCGAUGGCGCCACAGGCGAGGUGGUGGCCAAGAUCCCUAUGCCGCAUCCCAAGCGCGUUGUCCGGGGAAAGCUGCGUGAUCUCUUGCGGACGGAUGUUGAGAUCAGAUUCGGGAUGAGGUUGACGGAUGUCCGGGUUGAGGAUGAUGGGGUAGUUGCCGUUUUCAACGGGGAGAUGGUUAGGGGGAGUGUGCUUGUUGGAGCGGACGGAGCUCGGUGCGUGGUGCGAGCCAAAGUGGUCGAUACCGAGGUUGCGGCGUUGGAAGAGCCAAACAUCAUGGUUUUGAAUGCAUUCCCCUCGUUCGCUAGGGAACAGGCGCUCUUCAUCCAUGAGAGAUCCCACCCGAUUGUGCAGCUGGCUCCCCAUCCGCACCAGCAGACGAUGGCCAACGUGGUGGAUCCUGACAAGCCGGAAACGUGGGUUUUCCACUAUUGCCUCUCAAUCUGGACGCACGAAGACCCUCCAGAAAACACUGGGGAGCGCAGAGCUCUUUUCAGACGCUUCAUGGCUCGAUACUGCGAGCCGUACAAGUCCGCCGGUGAGUGGUUGAGCGAGGAUACACCAAUACCGGGAGAAAAGGUGGUAUACCACGGCGCGGAUCUUCACACAGAGAUGGAUGGCUACGAUGAGUCGGCGUAUACUCGUGGCAAGCAGGAUAUAGACUUGUCGUCGGAGCAGAUGUACGCGUAUCAUCACUGGGAGGAGAUAAUGACUAGUCCGUUGACGACGGGGGGAUACGGUGCUUCCAGGCAAUAG